CAAAAUAAAAUCUGGCAGCUUUGCUCGAAUUAGACGACAAUAGCUGCAGAUUAAAAAGGUUUAUCUCUCAAAAUACGCAUAUUCACAACAAAUAAUGCUACAACCUAAGGUUCUCACAUCUGUGCUUGGCCAAGCAAACACUGGUGGCGUUGAAAAUACAAUAUUGUUAACACAUGAAGGAGCCUUGCUUGCUUUCUCCGGCUAUGGCGAUAGGGAUGCGACGAUAACAGCGGCCAUCGCCAGUAAUGUCUGGUCUGCAUAUGAGAAAAACGGCCGAAACGCGUUUCGUGAAGAUUGUCUCCAGUACGUAUUUCUGCAGUGCGAAAACGGCAACGUAAUUAUCACCCAAGUGGCUAAUCUACUGUUGUGUCUUUACGCGAGAGAUAACGUAGGACUGGGAAUCCUGAAGGAAAAAGCGCAAGCGCUAGCAAACUAUUUGGAAGGCCCGCUGAAGGAAAUUGCCACGUCAUAGAAAUUAUUGUUUGGGCAUGGGUAUUCGGGGAAUAAUAUAAUAUAAAAAGUUGAUUUAUUUACUGUAAGAAUUUAAAA